AUGAGUCGACUUCUCUUUUGUGGUGAAUUGCAGCUGACUGGAUUGGCCAACAUGAUCGAUCAAGACGCAGGAGAUCGCUUUGUAGAGCUCGAGUAUCGACCAUCAUCCAUGUUGAUUCCAAUGGAUCAUAUACAUCCCCAUAAAGAAUUAUCGGACGAACCUUUAAAUAUUUCAUAUAUUUGUGCUGGUGGAGAACGAACAACGUACAGUCUCUUGUUUUUGUAUGGAUACGAACAUGAUUUUUUCCUCCAAGUUCACCAAUCCAAUUCUACUCCCAAUUUUCAACAAGUUUCAUUCGAGAAAUUAUUUCAAAACAUGACCGAAAAAUUAUUAAAUUUAGGCGAUGAUAGUGGUACCAGUGAAACAAGUACUAAUGGUGUUAAUAAGGAUGUUCAAAAGAAUAGUUUGACAAAUUCAAUCAAGAAAUCCUGCUAUUCAUCACAAAAGUACAUGACAUCCUUUCAUGAUUCACGAGAAAUGAAACAAAUUAUAUGUAACAAUAGCAAUAGUAUUGUGUUUGAAAUGAUGGAUGGAAAAUUAUACUUGUAUGAUAUUGAAAAGGUUACUCUUUUCCCAUUUAUUAUUCCUCUCCGCAGUAAUGCCAAGUGCAUUGAUAGUGGAAUCAUGUCACCUGUAAUUCUUGUGAAUGAUGUUUGGAAUGAUUAUAUUAUAGCUCUCGACACGAGCCAUUCUGAGUUAAUCACAAAAGAUGGAACUUUCAACAGUGACUGCAUCACCAGAAUUGCAUUUCCUGAAAAACCAGCAGACAUCAAAUUGAUGAAAUGUUAUUGCCGAAAGCUGUUCUUGUUUGUUCUCGCAAAUAAUUGGUUGUAUGUGUGGGGUUAUAACGGAUCUAGAUAUGGAUUUGAAACAUGUCCAGAAAAAGAAAUGACUCGCAUAACCACAGGCUUUGAAAAUGAAGGAAAUAUUGUGGCGAUGGACACGGGUUUUGCACAUGUUGCUCUCUUACUUGACAAUGGAACUGUCUAUGUAAGGGGACUCAAUAAUUUCCAACAAUGCGUAAGGAGUGAUUCAGGAUGUCUUGAUGAAUUUUUCAAAAUACCUCUCAAGUCACCCGCGGUAUCCACAUGUUGUGGAUCCACUUGUACCUGUGUCACCACACAAAAGGACCUUAUACUUUUCGGCGAAGUUUACGACAAAUUUAUUGAACCUUUGACUCCACUCGCCGGCGACGAGGAAUAUCAACCCUUUUCCAAGCUCUGGGUUCACCACAGAGAAUUUUCCAACGAAGAAGCUAGCUUAGGUCCUUGGCACGGAUUUAUCUAUCGACGAACAUUUCAAGUAAGACAACAUCAUUUACACUUGUUUAUCAAAAAACUUGCUGAGAAAGUGGAUAACCCGAAAUUAAGUGAUAUUUCAAUCAGAGUCAUGUGUUUGGAUUUAUGA